CCACUGUCGCGACGCACUCGCCCACCCCGAGCGACGCUGGCCCCGGGGACCCAGUCCUGCCCCAGGACGUGACGGACAGAGUCCUGCUGCUCGUCUUCUCCAAGGACAAGUCUCCAGGAGAACACAGCCUCAUCAGGACCGCGCCUGCCGCUGCCAUCCCAGGGGAGGAGGGCAGGUCCUUGUGCAGGAGGGUGGACAUGAUGGUGGAUUUCGAGCAGACUGGCUGGGGCAGCUGGAUUGUCUACCCCAAAAAGUACAACGCCUACCGGUGCGAAGGGCAGUGUCCAACGCCCGUGGAUGAGACCUUCAAGCCCACCAACCACGCUUACAUACAGAGUUUGCUGCAGCUCUACAAGCCCAACCAGGUGCCCUGCCCCGCCUGCUCCCCGGUCAGGAUGAGUCCCCUCUCCAUGCUUUACUACGAGAAGGGCGAAAUCGUCGUCCGCCACCAUGAGGACAUGAUCAUCGAGGAGUGUGGCUGCAACUGA